AUGAGCUCGCUGCGUCAAUUGACCCGUCAUCGGGCGUUGCAUAGCUUUGCUUCCGCGCGUGUGCGAGUUCAGAAUCCCGCGACAAACCAGUCAUGGCAGCGAUACUUCAGCGCAACACCAGCUCCUGCAUCCCAACUGGCCGGUCUUGACCCUUCGAAGCUCACAAUUACAAAGACUACUACACCUAAGGAGCUGCAGGCACCAAAAGAUCUUGUUUUCGGAAAGACCUUCACUGAUCAUAUGCUUUCCAUUGAAUGGUCAGCGGCCGAUGGUUGGCACGCUCCUCGCAUCGUUCCGUACCAAAACCUUAGCCUCGACCCUUCCGCUUGCGUGUUCCAUUAUGCUUUCGAGUGUUUCGAGGGCAUGAAGGCUUACAAGGACAAGAAGGGUCAGAUCCGUUUGUUCCGCCCAGACAAGAACAUGGCGCGCCUUAACAAGUCUUCUGAGCGUAUUGCUCUGCCUAAUUUCGAUGGCGAAGCUCUCAUCAAGCUCAUUGGGGACUUUGUGAGACUAGACAGCAGAUUCAUUCCUGAGUGGGUAGUUGUCAUUACCCCCUUGAACCGUUUGCCGCUGACUUCUGAUAGUGCACGUGGUUACUCCCUGUACCUGCGACCUACAAUGAUUGGCACCCAAAGUACCCUUGGCGUUGGGCCACCUGGCUCUGCCCUCCUCUUCGUCAUUGCCAGCCCCGUUGGCCCCUACUACCCUACUGGCUUCAAGGCCAUUUCACUCGAGGCGACUGACUAUGCCGUCCGUGCCUGGCCCGGCGGUGUUGGAGAUAAGAAACUUGGAGCAAACUAUGCUCCAUGUGUUCUGCCUCAGUUGAAGGCUGCUUCUCGGGGCUUCCAGCAGAACCUGUGGCUAUUUGGUGAGGAGGAGUACGUGACAGAAGUUGGCACCAUGAACCUUUUCAUUGCUUUGAAGAACAAGGAGACCGGACAGAAGGAGCUAGUGACCGCUCCUUUAGAUGGAACCAUCCUCGAGGGCGUAACCAGAGACUCUGUCUUGGGGCUCGCGCGCGAGAGACUCGUCCCCAAGGGCUGGGCCGUGUCUGAGCGCAAAAUUAGGAUGUCUGAGGUUGCCGAGGCUUCUGAGGAAGGAAGACUGAUUGAGGUCUUUGGAGCCGGUACCGCAGCCAUUGUCAGCCCUGUGCGAACCAUUAGCUACAGGGGUAAGAUGGUUGACUGCGGAUUGAAGCAAAAUGAGGAGGCUGGCGAGAUUGCUCUUCAGAUGAAGAACUGGAUUGAGGACAUCCAGUACGGUGAUGAGGAACACCCGUGGAGUUAUGUCCUCUAA